CUGAAAUGGUUUAAGUAUAUUGGGAGCUGAAGCUGAGAAGUGAGAAGCUCCCACUGCAUGGGUACUCCCUGAACGUUCCUCUGCCUGCUGGUGUGGGUACGAAAUGAUGUCUCCGCAGAGAGAGUUUGAGAGCUCAGUGCAGAAACCCUGAUCGAGUGAUCGUCUUUACAGUCAGCGAGCGCCCAUAAUUCUUCACCUUCCUCUGCUUGUCUUCGCCGGAGAUGGAGAUGUACGGACUCCCAGCACCGGAUUUCUUCCGCAUCGACGACCUCCUCGAUUUCUCUAAUGACGGCGAUCUCUUCUCCUCCUCCUCCUCCUCCUCCUCCUCCUCCUCCUUCACCCCCGACCCCGACCUACUCCACCUCCCUCCGACAGAAAAUAACACAGGGAACCGCCCUUCUGCCACCGCCGACACCUCCAACCGCUCGAACAGCUUCACUGACGAUCUCUGUGUCCCUAGCGACGACGUAGCGGAGUUGGAAUGGCUCUCCAAGUUCGUCGACGACUCCUUCACCGAUUUCUCUAUGAGCGAGACCGUUGCAACCACAAACUUCCGUCCCGACACUGCUUCAGUUCCCGGCCGGGCUAGGAGCAAACGAUCAAGAGCAACUUCAACUCACAUCAGCUGGACUUCUUUGCCGGAAUCUAACGUUCCGGCGACCGGCAAGUCCAGGCUGGGUAAAGAGAGUUCGACGGCUUCCCCAGACAUCACAAGAGAGCAGUUGGCGAUAGCGUCGUCGUCGUCGUCAGGGGUGCGUAAGUGCACCCACUGCGCAUCGGAGAAAACACCGCAAUGGCGUACGGGACCACUGGGGCCGAAGACGCUGUGCAACGCGUGUGGCGUACGGUACAAGUCGGGCCGACUGGUUCCGGAGUAUCGUCCGUUGGCGAGUCCGACCUUCGUGUGGAGUCAGCACUCCAACUCUCACCGGAAAGUGAUGGAGCUUCGGCGUCAGAAAGAGAUCCUCAGGCAGGAGGAGAGCAGCAACCAAUACCAUCACCAGUUCUCUUCUCUUCAUCAUCACCCUGACUUCAAGGUGUGUUGAUGUGGAUUAUCACGUGUGUCUAAACUCUCGUCGCAAAGAGGUCACGUCACGUCACGUCACGUCAAGGGUCAAGUCAGACAGUCUCCUGGUUAUAAAACUUGUUAGAUCGUUCUUUCUGCCUUCUUCCCUCUUCUUUAUUCCCCCUUCCGUUUCUUUCACAAAUUCAUGAAUUUUAAGCUUCAACCACGAGUAGCAGACAGGUUUUUAAUUCUUC